AUGUUCUAUGAACCAGGCGUCACCGAGCAUGGAUUACCCCAUGAUCCUUUCAAGGCUUGUGUUGUUCCACGUCCAAUCGGAUGGAUCUCCACCAAGAACAAGAAGGGCGAAUGCAACCUAGCGCCCUACUCCCAGUUCAACAAUCUGACCUUCGACCCGCCAUAUGUGAUGUUCUCCUCAAACCAAACGGCGCAAGGUGUCCGCAAAGACACGGUUGUCAACGCCGAGGAGACCGGAACUUUCGUGUGGAACCUUGCGACCUGGGACCUCAGGGAGGCCGUCAAUAUCACUGCUGAGCAAACUCCUUAUGGCACCGACGAGUUUGAACUCUGCAAAGUGACCAAGGAGCAGGCUAAGCUGAUGGAUGUUCCCAUGAUCAAAGAGUCCCCUGUGAAGUUCGAGUGUGAGUACCACACCACCGUGCGCUUACCUGGUAACCCACCCAUGGGUACUGUGGACAUCGUCAUUGGCAAGGUUGUCGGAGUGCACAUCGCUGAUAGCGUGCUCACCGAUGGAAUCCUGGAUAUCAAGAAGACUCAGCCGAUUGCCCGCUGUGGCUACUAUCAGUACACCGUCGUGCGGGAUACCUUUGAGAUGAUCAUCCCAAACAUGUCGCAAGAUGUGCUUUACGGAUUAGAGGGGAAUGCGGCUAAGAACCGUAGUAAGAAUGAGUUCAACAAGAAAGCGGAGUCGGACCCAACUGGCGAGUUUCCCACCCGUCCCGAGGGGAUUACGAAGAAGGAUUAG